AAUCAAAAUACUUUUUUUUUCUUCUCUCUUCUCCCAAAGCCGAUAUGUCAGCUUCAUCAACUCGCCGCCGCAACUCCGGCAACGGAGAAAACCAAUCUUCCGGGAAAAAACCUCUGAGGUCCGUAACUCCGCUUCCGAUCUCCGCCUCUCUCCAGAAAUCAUCGUCGAGCAAAGAGAAUCCAAAGCCCGGUCACCGUCCUCCGUCGUUCGGUUCCACGCAGAAGCCCGUGCUCCGGCAAGUCCCGCGGAUCGAUAAGUCCGCCGCUGCGCGAGGUGUCGGUGUCGGUGACGGCGGCGAGGGUCGGGUCACUCGAUCGAAGUCCUCUGGGUCACGAGGUAGGAGCUCUAGCCCGUCUGAUCUGAUUAGGGUUUUAUCGGAUUCGAGAAAGAGGAACGAGUCUAGGGUUGUCGGUGAAAAGGUCGAAUCGGAUCAGGGUAAGAGCUGCGAUAGGGUUUGCGAGGAGCUAAGCUCUGGUGUAGUGAAAUCAAGCAACCUAGAAGGUUCUACUAGCGUGGUGAGAAACUCGGUGUCGGAUCCAAAGGCAGAUGCUUUGCUUGGUUUGGGGGAAAAAGCCGAGAAGGUAGUGAAAGGUAGUGGUGGAGCGUUGAGAAGGAAGUCUAUUGAUAACGCUGGGAAGGCGAUGGAGGGAAGCAGCAACGUCGCUACGACUAAGUACCAGAGCAAGCUACACGAGAAGCUCGCUUUUCUCGAAGGAAAGGUUAAGAAGAUUGCUUCUGAUAUCAAGAAGACGAAGGACAUGCUGGAUUUGAAUAAUCAGGACUCGUCUCAGGGUAUGAUGCUCUCUGAUUUACAUCAGAAGAUCAGUGGGAUUGAGAAGUCUAUGGUUCAUGUUGUUGACGAAGGGAAAAACAAGACUACCAAGGCGAAAGCUUCGGUGAAAGGGUUGAACAAGGAGGAGCUCGAAGACAGGCUCUUUCCUCACCAGAGGUUGCUGAGGAGCAGAACUCAGUCCAAAACAGUCGCGAAAGUUCAAGGCUUUGGUGAGUCUUCUAGCAAGGCGGUGAAUGUUGAGGUGAAGCCCUCGGGUCUUGUUGAGGAGAAUCCGAUAGCGUUGGGGUUCUUGGCCUCGCUUGACAAGGAAAAAGGCGCAUUAGGGAGUGGUGAGAAUGUGCUGGAAAAUCUGGAAGUGCAGGAGAUGGAUACAGAGGAAGCCUCAAAGGAAAACAAUCCUUCAAAAGACGUCAAUCUGACUUCCAACUUAGCUGAAAUUCUCAGAGCUGACGAAGACCUCGAGGAAAUCGACGAGGAAGAGAAAAGAGACGAGAUGGAGCUGGAAGAGAUGGAGAAUGAAUGCAUGUAUCAGCUUAAUGACAUUGGAUCCAAAACUUCUACUGGUGGGUGGUUUGUAUCAGAGGGCGAGGCUGUUAUACUCGCUCAUGAUGAUGGCUCAUGUUCAUAUUACGACGUUGCUAAUUCUGAGGUAAAAUCUGUGUACUAUCCUCCAGAUGAUAUCUCACCAAAUACCUGGAGAGAUUGCUGGGUGGUUCGUGCACCGGGUGCAGAUGGCUGCUCAGGCAGAUAUGUUGUAGCUGCUUCUGCUGGCAAUACGAUGGAGUCUGGAUUUUGCUCAUGGGAUUUCUACACCAAAGACAUUAAGGCACUCCACAUAGAAGAUGGUUCUUCGAGAGUUUCAAGGACUGCUCUGGCUCCUUUAUCUAACAACACAUCCCAUGGUAGGAACGCUUUGGCUUGUUCAUUGCUACCAGAAGCUCAACAGUGGUGGUACAGACCAUGCGGUCAUCUUAUAGCUUCAACUGCUAGUUUCCAAAGCGUAGUUAAGGUUUUUGACAUACGAGAUGGGGAACAAAUCAUGAGAUGGGAAGUGCAGAAUCCUGUCUCAGGUUUAGAUCAUUCGAGCCCUUUACAGUGGAGAAAUCGAGGAAAGCUUGUCAUAGCAGAAACAGAAACAAUUUCUGUCUGGGAUGUCAACUCCCUUCACCCUGAAUCCCUGCUCACUAUUUCCUCUUCAGGGCGAAAAAUCUCAGCUUUUCAUAUCAACAACACAGAUGCUGAAGUUGGAGGAGGUGUUCGUCAAAGAGCAAGUUCCAUGGACGCUGAAGGCAACGAUGGAGUUUUCUGCACUGCUGAUUCAAUUAACAUCAUGGACUUCCGUAACCCAUCUGGCAUUGGCGCUAAAAUCCCCAAGCUCGGUCUUAAUGCACAGUGCGUAUCAUCUAGAGGAGAUUCAGUAUUUGUUGGCAACAAUCUGAGACCAUCAUCUGCUAAGAAACCAAUCGGUUCUUCCUCUCAAGUGCAGCAAUUCUCCUUAAGGAAACAGCGUCUCGUGAGCACUUACAGCCUGCCUGACUCAAACACUCACUCGCACCACUCUGCAAUAACCCAAGUCUGGGGAAAUUCGAACUUUGUCAUGGCUACUUCUGGUAUGGGACUUUUCGUGUUUGAUACUGCAAAAGAAGAGCCUUUGAUAGGUGGGGACAAUGGAACCGUAAAAGAGGUUAUUGGUCCAAACGAUAUGUAUUGCCCUUCGUUUGAUUAUGCGAGUUCUCGUGUCCUCCUCAUCUCAAGAGAUCGUCCAGCAUCAUGGAAGCACAUCUUAUAGGGGGAUUUUUGUCAGAUGAGUCAAUCAAGCAAAAGAUUGUGUUGCCACGGUUGUGUCGUGUGGGUCUCUCUCUCUUGAUAUAUAGCACAACUUGUGCUGCUUUCUCUUGUGGUGUGGUGUGUUAAAGACCAAUAUAACUACCAACUAUGCGCUUUUGAAUCCUAUUGUUGUUUGCUUUCUGUUUACUUGACUUUUCAGUUUGUACAUACAUCUGGUGUUUUGAUCAAUGUCACAGGUUUGUUGUUAGAACUCA